CGUCAACAUAGCAUAACCUCACAUAAAUUUUAUUAUCAUCAACAUCAACACCAAAUAGCAAUACAGUUUCAAAUUUUAAUUUUAUUGAAAGUAUUUACUAAAUAAAAAGUGUGUAAAUAAAAUGCCGAAAGUACGAAGAAGCAAAAAAGCCCCUCCGGAAGGUUGGGAGCUGAUUGAGCCCACUUUGGACGAAUUGGAGCAAAAAAUGAGAGAAGCCGAAACAGAAACCCACGAAGGCAAGCGCAAAAACGAAUCUCUCUGGCCCAUUUUCAAAAUCCACCAUCAGAAAUCCCGCUACAUCUACGACCUAUUUUACCGAAGAAAAGCCAUCUCCAGAGAAUUGUACGAUUACUGUUUGAACGAGAAUAUCGCCGAUAAAAAUCUGAUGGCCAAAUGGAAGAAACAGGGCUACGAGAAUUUGUGUUGUCUGAGGUGCAUUCAGGCUAGGGAUACGAAUUUCGGUACGAAUUGUAUUUGUCGAGUGCCCAAAGGAAAAUUAGAGGAGGGAAGAAUAGUUGAAUGUGUGCACUGUGGAUGUCGUGGAUGCUCUGGAUAAGUUUGAAAAGAGGAUUACUUUAACUUUGGAUUACAUAUAUACAUAUAAGGUAUAAAUAUUUGUAGAUUUGAAAUAAAACAAUGUAUCAGAACUAGAAAUAGUCAAUGUUAUUGUAUGUACAAUAAUUUUUUAGCAGUUUCAAAAUAAAUAACAAUCAAUUUUCCAAACAACAAACAAGCUUAAAUAGUAAUUAUUCUUAAGAACUUAAAUUAUAACUACAUACUAUCAAUAAAAAAAAAAUUAUUUAAAACUAAAAAUCACUCUGUACUUUUUAUUAUAUCACUUUCAUUUAUCUUGACAAAAGUUGUUUUUUUUUUUUGAUAAAUACUUAAUAUUACAACUUUUCUUAGGACAAAAUAAAAUGGACACCCUGUAUGCUUAAGAUAGUUGGUGCAAAAAAGCUCAAUUAUUUUGCUUAGAUUGAUACAAAUAAAUAAAUAGUUUAACAAUGUGAGCUUUUUCUCUUAAAUAAAAUCUCUUCUCUUUUAAUAAUAAUAAUUAUUAUUGUACUUUAAACUUUUCUUUGAUUUGAACAGCAAAAGGUGGUAGAACAAUUGAUAAAGUUUUUAAAGCGAAUAAACGGAAUUAGGGCCUAAAUUUAUUGCCUAAAAGGACAAUUAAUAAUUGUCAAAACUAACCUCACCUUUCUUGAGGUAUUCUCGUGCCUCGAAGAAUUUUGCUAUUCUGGAACAAAAAUUAUUAUUGUUUAUUUAUUUGAUUUUAUCACUAUUUACAUUUUUAUAUAAUCUAGUUAAUUGUUCUUUUUUUGCUAAUGAUUAAACACACUUUGUUAAAAUUUAGUUUUCCUUCUGAUCUGAUAAUACCCUGAUUUUGCUUCAGAUUCUUUACUCUUGUGUCUUAAAUAUUGUAAUAUUUCAAAAGUAAAACAUAUGCCUUUUUCUUGAUACUCACUUGGUACUGUUGCUCGUUGUCGGUCAUCCCAACAACGGCGACAAUCUGGUACUGGCGCGCCUUCAUAGCCGCCUCACUCUUCCUCAACAGACGCAACUGGGUGUUGCUAACGUCACCUAGUUGAGCCAUCUGUUGAGGCGAGUGACUGGGAUCCAGCACCAAAAGUACCAAGCUGCCGUCUCUGUGCACUUCGAUGCCCAUUAUUGUCCU